AUGUUGGAGGGCAGCAUUACUGGCAGCGAAGACCUGGAGCAUGUCUUUCGGGAGAACCUGAUCCGAGCUGGACAGAUGGUCGCCAUCCUGGACUCAUGGCAACAGCCGACCUACCUGUCCCGGGUGUGGACUAUAUACGCGCCUGGGUUCCCCAGCAGGCUCCUUUUUUUUUUUGAAUGCAAGGUGCCUCAUAAACCUAGAACCCUAAACCCUAAACCUUAA